AUGGGGAGUCGAAAAGAGCCCCUGUUCAUAGACUCAACAGGUGGCUUUAACCAACUUCCGUGCCGCGAGAUAUCUCGUUUUCUGAGGCCAUGCUGCGACAGCCCCCCGAUCCUGAUGCCGGGCCGCGACAGCCCGCCAAUCCUGCUGCCGGGACGCGACAGCCCCCCGUUCCUGCUGCCGGGCUGCGACAGCCCCCCAAUCCUGCUGCCGGGACGCGACAAACCCCCGAUCCUGCUGCCAGGCUGCGACAGAACCCUGUUCCUGCUGUCGGGCCACGACAGACCCCACUUCCUGCUCCAGCCCUUGACCCAUUCCUGGGUACUCACCAGGCACUGGGAGGUCCUCUCUGUGUCCAGAGGACAUCCAGCCUCUCGAGACCCCUGCAUUCCACUCGCCUCUCGAGACCCCUGCGUUCCCCUGACCUCUCGAGACCCCCAUCCCUGCGCUCCCCUCGCCUCUCGAGACCCCAUUCCCUGCGCUCCCCUCGCCUCUCGAGACCCCAGUUCUUGUGCUCUCUGUCGCCUCUCGAGACCCCAGGGCCCCGUCGCCUCUCGAGACCCCAGUGCCCCGUCGCCUCUUGAGACCCCAGUCUCUGCGCUCCCCUCGCCUCUCAAGACCCCAGUCCCUGCGUUCCUCGAGAUCCCGGUCUCUCCGUCCACCUCAAGCCCAGACUCUCCGCCGGCCUCCUUCUCCUGUACCAUACCGUGA